AUGAGGAAGAUAUUCAUUUUAUAUUUUUUCCCAGCAAAUUCAACUCAUAUAACACAACCUCUCGACGUAGCUUUCUUCGGGCUGAUGAAAAUAGCAUGGAGAAAUAUAAUAUUUCAAUUGAAGAAAACGGACGGUCGCAAACAAGCUACAAUUCCUAAAGGAUGUUUUCCAACAUUAUUAUCCAAAUUAAUAGGCACCCUCAUAGAUAACGCCAAAGAGAAUAUUUUGGCCGGUUUUAGAAAAACUGGUAUAAAUGCAUUUGACCCUACACAAGUUUUAAAUAGACUACCUGGAUAUGAAGAUAAUAAGCACCGCACUGAAGCUGUAAAUGAAUCUGGUCUAGAUGUACUGAAAGAAAUGCGUUCCGGAACCACUAACGUUGUUGAACCUAAGAGAAAGAGAAAAAUAGAAGCAGAACCUGGAAAGUGUGCAAGAGUUGAAGAGAAUUACCUUGAAACUGACGCUGAAAACAAAGAACCAAAGAAAAAACGAAAAAAGACUGAGAAACGAGUAAAGGAUAGUAAAAACAUCAAAACGAAUUUAAAAAUGAACCAAGUACAUCUAAAUGAAAAAAAGUAG